AAUAAAAUAAAAAAAACACGUGACUCCGGCUCUCCCUCUUCCUCCCAUCAAAUAAAAACUGCGGUUCUGUCUCCGAACAAAGUUCCUGCUCGGUUACGGUUUCUCCACGUUAACGCUUCUCCGGAGUUUAACUCCACUCGCUCCUCUCGCGUAAAAAUGAGCGAGCAGAGCAGAAACGCAGUGAGAACAACACUUCAGCUGACCUGUCUGCUCCUGGGCGUGCUGGGGUUGGUGAUGGGCUUGAGCGGAGUCUAUCUGCUGAUGAAGUACUGGCAGGGCAGCUUAUGUUUUUCGAACACCUACAUCACCAUGCCAGCGAUCCUCACCCUUGCCAGCGCUGCUGUCCUCGUAGCCAGCGGGUGCCUCGGCUUGUGGCUGAGCCUCAGGGAUUCCAUCUGUCUGCAGGGCCUGUUUGUUUAUCUCCUCGUCGUGGUCUUCUGUCUGGAAAGUACGGCCACUGCGUUGGCUUAUUUCCAUUCUGUAAAGCUGGAUUCAGAAACAGCUUCCCUCAGUGGAGUCUUUCAGAAUUACACAGGAAACAGCCACGACCCCAGCUCUCGAGCUGUGGAUACUAUGCAGGAGCAAUUGCAGUGUUGUGGUGUCCAUGGCUACAGGGACUGGUUUAAAACCUCCUGGUUCAAUCGCACCGGUGAGCUAUCUGUGCCCCAAAGCUGCUGCAACUCUACUUUCCAUUCCUGCAAUGGCACUGUGGAGCAGCCAUGGCAGCUUUACACACAGGGCUGCCAGGUCAAGCUGGAGAAGGCUUUACAGUUUGUGCUGAGUUUUAUCAUCUGGGGCCUUCCGGUGGUUUUUCUGGUCGAGGUUGUCGUUUUAAUAAUGGUGGCACAGCUGAUGAGGGAGCGACCAUUCAUGGAAUAUCACAUACUGGGCAAAAACUGAACUGCACUGCACAGAUCCCGUCACGUCUGUCUAUUGUGACUGUUGUUAAAUGAUUGUUUCUUAGCUGCAGACACUCUUGUGAACUCACCUACUCCACUACUGCCAAUAUAUAUGUGUAUAUAUGUACACUACAAAACCUGCCACAUGAAAUUAGGUUAAAGAUGUUACGCACAUGAUGCAGUUGUGUUGUUGAUGAUGGUUUAUGGAAAGCAGUUUAUUGAUUUAAACAUGAAUGCACCAUUCAGUCUAUAGGCUCAACACUGUAGCAUUAUAUUGCUGAGUGGUGAUCUUUCACAUCUUAGUACUUUUAAACAAAUUAGUGUGAUAUGACGACUUGUGUUCAUGUGCAAUGUUAUAUUGUCUUGACCUUGAUUUUAUUUCUUUUAUUAUUGUAGACACUGCACUUUUUCCACUGCUUCUGUGUGUAAUGUUAUUAGAGAGAAACAGGGACAUUUCUGAGGGAAAUUAAACUAAAACAUCUUUACAGCAUUGACCACAA